GGUUAUCCGCUGCGUCUCACCCCCGCACCUCGAUUGAGAUCCGAAAAUGUGCAGUCACCAUUUUGAUUCAACUUACGUUCCACCUUUAAUAAUUAUUUAUAUAAUAAACUAGCUGUUUUCCCGCGAUAUUUAUUUAUAGUAAUAUAAAAAGGCAUAACAGAAUUAGCAUAAUUAAAUUAGCAUAACAGAAAGCCCUAAAAUUAAAACUCUGCGUGAACUUUAGCACCGGUUUAAUUAACUUUGCAUUAAUUGGCACUAACCCACGAUACUUUAAAAUGUCAGUUAGGUGUCAUGAGUGCCAAUGUGUUUGGCAAUUUCUUUGGCAUCCCACCAAAAACGAAGCGUAGCUCCUGAAUGAUCAAACAUUAUAUUCUGUUUGUUUACCAAGUACAUGCUGUUAAUAAUUGUGAAGACAUUCUAGUUAACCGAUGUGCGUGAAAUAACUAGUUCCUUUAAUAAAGUGAAUUUGUGAACGUCAAUAUAACGUCGAGGUGAGUUAGGGAUAUAAAUAGGACAGAAACAGUUACGCCUGUCCAACGUAACUAUUCAAAUAGUAUUUCUAAUACCAGAGUAUUACGUUAUCGGUGUUGCAAAACUAGUAAAAGUUUAUGCAUAAAAACAUCUAAAUCUCUGUCUGUGUCAUUGGUUUUAACAUAACAAUCAAUUUUUGGUCACCCAUCCUAUAACCGACCUUUGCAAAGGUUAAUUAUUCAAAACAAUCUUUGGCCAAACGCACUCUCCAUUGCAUUAUCAACUUUGCAAUAUGGUGUUUAAGGUCAAUUAUAAAUUAUAAUAUUCAUACUUUUAGUACAAAAGGCCGUUGUUUGGCACAUAGGUACAUAGGCUUGCCUGUUUAAGUUCAUAAAUAAUGUUCAUAAUAUCUUUCAGAUCAAUAACAUAAAAAACCAUGAGCACUGUUAGAAUGCGGACCAACGUGAAACUUGCAAAACUAUUCUACAAAUAUUCAGAAGAACCAAAGGCAAAAGAUGAGCCCGCAGUAGAUGUAAAAGAAGAACCUAAAAUACGGACUGAAGAAAAAGACUAUGAGUCAUAUCCCCCGUACAACUUCUCCUGGUUCAUUGAAAAGAAAAUCGCUGCAAUGGGAUGGCCGCAAACUGUAGCUAAUCUUAAUUACGUAGCAGAUGCAGGCAUCCAUCAUCUGAUCACUCUAUCACCGGAGAAGCUGCCCCCGAUUUUAGAGUGCAAAAAGAAACUGAAAUGGUCUGAGAUUCGCAUAAAAGAGUUCGGUGCGCCGACAUUGAAGCAGAUCUUGAAGUUUAUAGAAAUUUGCGAGAGGGCAGAAAUCAGAGGAGAGGUGAUAGGUGUACAUUGCCGGCAUGGUCGUGGGCGCACUGGCACUAUGCUCGCAUGUUAUCUCGUUCACUUCAAAAAUAUGGCCCCCGAGCGUGCCGUGCUCACAGUCAGAGUACAGAGGCCUGGAUCCUGCGAAACAUAUGAACAAGAGAAAAUAGUGUGCCAUUACCACGAUUGCGUUCGAGGCACCAUUGAAAAACCAGACUACCGGUUGGUGGAAGACAAAUUAUAUUUUGACUUAUCUAUGAAGCACAUGUACAGUGACGAGGAAAGACCUACAGUGGGGGAAGAAGAAGAGACAAAAAAUGAAGAGGUUACAGAAGAGACUAAUCGGAAAAACACCAUAGAAGCAAAAAGGUUGCAGAUCAAGCAGCGAGUAGACACACUUCAAUUGCAGAAAAAUAAGAGAAUGAAAACAAUGGUUAUAAACCAUAAAAUUUAUUUUUAAUAUGUUUUAAACUAACAACACCAUAAAACCAAAAAAAAUGCCGCGUUUUUUUUUUUUAAUAAUAUUUAUCACAAUUUUUUUUGUAUACCGACAUCUUUCUCUCAAUAGUGGCAUACUAUCAAUACUACUGAGUUGUCAUUCGCUCACACCGAAUGAUUUUUUGUAUGUAAGUAGUGCACAUUCACGCGAAUACAGGUUUGGUAGAAGAAUUAUUUUGUCUUAGUUUAUUUAUUACAAUCAUAGUUUUUGUUUAUUUAUACAAGACAUUUCUUAAGCAUAUGCAAGCAAUAUGUAAAUAACAAAGUUCACUGUUAAUAAUAGGAUUGCCAACAAAACAAGUUGUCUAACAUUACAAUUAAGAAGCUCGAACAUAUAGUGCUUACAAUAAAAUUGUAAACCUUACAAAGUGUUAUGUUAUUAAGAGGAUUUCUAUUAUAUUUUAAAGUCUUCGGAUAUGACAGCCAAGCAAUCCAGGUUGAGCCCAAGGUCUAGGAGUCAAAUUUAUAGUUAAAAUACGAUGGUCUCGUCGCAACUGUACUCUGAUACUCUGAUUAAUGGAGUGCGAAAUUAACUGGUGUAUCUGAGUGACAUCGGUGAAAUUCCCACUGUUAAUUGAUCCAAACUGGAGGAUUUCAUCUCCUUCACACAGACCCUAAAAACAUUUUCAAUUUAGUCUAUAAGCCAAUUCAAUUUAGUUUAUUAGUUUAUGAGCAAAUGACGAUCUUUCUUUCAGCCUGUAAAGGUUGUGUCUACCUCGCGUGAGUAUUGCUUU